AUGUUGAGAGCUCCAAUUAUUCUUCUAAAAGAAGGUUCAGAUACAUCACAAGGUAAGGGGCAGAUAUUAAGUAACAUCACUGCAUGUCAGGCAAUUGUUGAUAUUGUCAAGACAACUUUGGGUCCAUAUGGAAUGGACAAACUUAUUCAUAAUAGUAAUUCUCCAGAUGAUGUUACAAUUACCAACGAUGGAGCAACUGUCUUGAAUUUACUCGGAAUCGUACAUCCUGCAGCAAAGUUGUUGGUGGAAAUAGCAAAGGCACAAGAUGAUGAGGUUGGAGAUGGUACCACAAGUGUGGUAAUUUUAGCGGGGGAGUUUUUAAAGGAAGCAAAGAACUUUAUUGAAGAUGGAAUGUCUCCUCAAGUAAUAAUAUCAGGUUUUAGAAAAGCAAGUCAGAUUGCAAUAGAUAAGGUAAAUAGCAUGAAAAUCAGCCUUUAUGAAGAGACUCCAGAAAAGAGACGUAGUAUGUUAAUUAGAUGUGCUGAAACCAGUUUAAACUCUAAGUUGUUGGCUAAUUAUAAGACUCACUUCGCUGAAGUUGUAGUGGAUGCUGUUUCAUAUUUAGACAACGAAAUGGAUAAGGACCUUAUUGGAAUUAAGAAGAUUAAUGGAGGUUCUGUUUUAGAUAGCUUUUUAGUUAAAGGAGUAGCUUUCAAGAAAACAUUUUCCUAUGCAGGAUUUGAACAACAACCAAAACACUUUAUGAAUCCUAAAAUCAUUCUAUUGAAUCUUGAACUUGAACUAAAGGCUGAGAAAGAUAAUGCUGAAGUAAGGAUUUCUGACCCCUCUGCAUACCAAAGCAUUGUAGACGCGGAGUGGAAAAUUAUAUUUGAGAAACUUGACCUAAUUGCUAAUUCAGGAGUAAAUGUAGUCUUAAGCAGACUUGCUAUAGGAGAUUUAGCGACCCAAUAUUUUGCUGACAGAAAUAUCUUUUGUGCUGGAAGAGUCGAGGAACAGGACCUUAAGAGAACUGCUUUAGCAACAGGUGCUAUUGUGCAGACAACUGUUUAUGGCUUAAACAAAGAUAGUGGUGUAUUCGGUACAUGUUCUGAAUUUGAAGAGGUCCAGAUCGGGGCUGAGAGAUACAAUAUUUUUAGAGAUUGUGCAAAGACUAAAUCAUCCACAAUGAUCUUACGUGGUGGUGCCCAACAAUUUAUUGAUGAGGCUGAGAGAUCCUUAAAUGAUGCAAUAAUGAUUGUAAGAAGAGCAAUGAAGUCAUCUUACAUUGUUCCUGGUGGUGGAGCCAUAGAAAUGGCAGUUUCCAAAACUAUUAGGGAUUAUGCCAGAACAGUUUUGGGAAAAGAACAGUUAGUUAUGAAUUCUUAUGCUAGAGCUUUGGAAGCCAUUCCUAGAUCUUUAGCUACUAACUCUGGGUUUGAUUCAAUCGAUAUCUUAAACAGACUUAGACAAAAACACUCGCAAAACACCGAGGAUUGCAAAAAUUAUGGAGUAGAUUGCAGUAAUGGAGGAAUCUGCGAUACUUUUAACUCAUUUAUUUGGGAGCCUGCUGUAAAUAAGCUCAGUGCUUAUUCUAGUGCGACAGAAGCUGCAUGUUCUAUUCUUUCCAUUGAUGAGACUGUUAAAAACAAGUCUAGCGAAGAAGACAGAAUGCAAGGUCCUCUGCCAGGAAUGGGUGGUAUCCCCCCAGGUAUGAUGGGUGGAGUAAGGUGA